AUGAAAAUGAUUUUACUGUCUGUCUGAAGACUUCGUAAUUAAAAUAGCAAAACAAAAAUGCUGCAGAACUAAGGUUGUUAACAAAAUAUCACUGAUCCUCACCACCAGAGAACUGUGGAUGUCAAACGUGCAAAUUGCUUAAUCGACCAUGCAAACCAAGAUAUAACAUGCAAUUCCUUAAAUACUGUAUUUGGUAAAGGGUUGUGAAGUCACAUUAUACAAGACCUUUACCCUUCAAGUGGUUGUAUGAAGUUGUGAUUUGGCACGUCGCCACAGUUUCACAUUUCUUUGUCCCAUUCUGCCUGUGUCCUGCAAGCUCUCACCCACUUGACUCUUUGAGCCAGCAUGGGCUGUGGAGGGAGCAGGACAGACGCUCUUGAACCCAGAUACCUGGAGAGCUGGACCAAGGAGACCGAGUCCACCUGGCUAACCAGCACUGACACGGACGUUCCGCUCUCCUCCAUUCAGAACAUCCCCUCUGAGAACUCCUCUGAGUCAGAGAAGAACACCAUGAAGUCUGUUGCUGAUUUCUUUGACGACGGUCUUCCCGCUCCAGCCCAGGCCUAUUUGAAGGUGUCUGACCCUGUGUUAAAUGAGACCAAACCGGCCAGCAGGAGCACAGCGUCUCAGGACAAACAGCAGACGGCACUGCAGUCCUUGGGUACCACGGUGCAGAAGAGGAGCGUGCUCAGAACUGAGGAGACUAAAUGGCAAGCCAACAGAAUGUCAACCAAGCAAGUGACAAUCACAGUCACACAGAGCAUCCGCCAGAUAGACAAGACAGGGAAUAUCACAGAGAAAUAGAAUUGAUUAAACCUGGAGAGAGGGCCAAAGAGGAGGCAGGCGGCAACUUGCUGAAGUGAAAAUACUGAACCUGUGCCACAUUGGAUAAAGUGUGUGGGAAAGAGAUUUGUAUUUUAAAACAUGACCUUCGUUUCAGCAUUUUAGAUACUACACUGCCUGGGGUAAAGAUGUUCUAGAAGCGAUAAGCUGGGCAGGAGGGGCUUUUUUGUAUUGCUUAUUG